CGGGAUCCGGGUGACCGGGGAAGAGGGGGGGGCUGCUGUGGGUCAAACCCACCACGACCUAAGCAGCACCAGGAGGGAGAGGAAGGAGGAGAGCCGCAGCAAACAGAAGUGUUGUUCCCCCGCUUUCAGGCUGCAUGGGCUAGUCCGUUAGCUAGCUUAGCAUCUUCCGACUCCGCCGAACCGCCUCUCCUGCCGCCGACAAGCUUGGGUUGUUACCUCCGUGUUAUCCUCUCCGUCCCCUCGGUCCUGCCUCCCCGUGCCUGGCUUGAAGAUGAUGAAGUUAGGUUUCGUCGGCAGGGCACCGACCCGCAGAGAGAGAAGAUAAAACAGGAGCUUUCGCCUUCACAAGGUAAAACUGUGGAGCAUGGGUUCCCCCAUCAGCCUAGUGCUUUGGCCUUUGACCCCAAGCUGCAGCUCAUGGCCAUCGGCACAAAGUCAGGAGCCAUCAAAAUAUACCUGCAGCUAUGGGCGCCUGGUGUGGAGUUCACAGGUCUACAUAAAGACACCAUCGCCGUCACACAAAUCCACUUCCUGCCUGGACAGGGUCGUCUUCUGUCACUGUUGGAUGACAACACGAUUCACCUGUGGGAGCUGGUGGCCGGGCCCUCAAAAGAGGUUGGAGGGGUUAAGAAAGAGGGCACAGUCUCUCUGCAGGAAGUGAAUGCCUAUAGUCUGCCAGGAAGACCUGGCAUCGAGAGCUGCAGUGCCACUCGGGUGACUGUACUACUCUUGCUGAAGUCAUGUGACCUCCUCUGCAUUGGAACAGAAGGAGGAGGUGUCUACUUCCUAGAGGUGCCCUGCCUCUCACUGAAAGAUAACCAGACACUGGUUCAGGAUCAGAUUACCCAUAGCCUGCCAGAUGACUACAGAUGUGGGAAAUCUUUGGGUCCAGUUGAAUCUCUUCAGGAACACCCUCAGCAGUCGGGGAAGAUUCUGAUUGGCUACAGCCGAGGCCUGGUGGUCCUGUGGGAUCUGAAUACCCGUCAUGCUGACCAGCUCUUCCUGGGCAAACAGCAGCUGGAGAGUCUGGUAUGGGAACGCUCUGGAAACUUGUUUGUCUGUUCCCAUAAUGAUGGCGGCUAUUCAGUUUGGGCUGUUACCAGUGGCAACACCUGCAAUCACCAGCCCGUGUCCUCUACUGUCCCUUAUGGUCCAUUCCCCUGUAAAGCCAUCAAUAAAAUCCUGUGGAGGACAACACAAGUAGGUUCUCCAGUGCUCUUAUACAGUGGAGGGAUGCCCAGAGCUAGCUACGGUGACCGCCACUGUCUGACCAUCCAACAGGACAAAGAUCACGUCACCCUCGACUUCACAUCAAGAGUGAUUGAUUUCUUCACCGUCCACAACGUGGAGAGAGAGAGAGAAUUUGAUGACCCAUCGGCUUUAGUGGUGUUACUCGAAGAAGAACUGGUUGUAAUUGACCUCCAGACGCCCGGCUGGCCCUCUGUACCCACUCCCUAUCUUGCUCCUCUUCACUCCUCAGCCAUCACCUGCUCCUGCCACAUUUCCAGUGUCCCUCCUAAGCUCUGGGAGAGGCUGAUCAAUGCUGGCAAAGCACAGCAAGGCCGGCAGCACACACACAGGAGCUGGCCAAUAUGUGGUGGGAAGAAUCUGGCACCUCCACCUAAACAACAAGAGCUGCUAUUGACAGGCCACGAGGAUGGCACUGUGCGUUUCUGGGACGCUUCAGGUGUUGCUCUCACUCCGCUGUACAAACUCAGCACAGCCAAUGUCUUCCACACCGACUGUGACCCUAGCGAUGACCUGCAGGACCCCAGCAGCGACCCCGACAUGCAGCAGGAGGAGGAAUGGCCUCCAUUCAGGAAGGUGGGCUGUUGACCCUACAGUGAUGACCCCAGGCUCGGCAUCCAGAAGAUAAGUCUGUGCAAAUACAGCAACAAGCUGGUGGUGGCAGGAACCGCUGGACAGGUGAUUGUGCUGGGACUGAGUGACGAGCGCUCAGACCACUUGGUGGACGUGUCAGUGGUUGAUCUGCUGUACGACAGGGAGGGCUUCACCUGGAAGGGCCACGACAGGCUGGAACCACGCUCUAAACCCGCACCCUUCCCCCCAGGCUUUCAGCCACUGGUGGUGGUGCAGUGUUUGCCCCCGGCCUCGGUGACAGCGGUGGCACUGCAUGCCGAGUGGAACCUGAUCGCCUUUGGGACGAGUCAUGGAUUCGGCCUUUUUGACUACCACAGACGAAACGCUGUGCUGGCAAGGUGCACCUUGCACCCUAAUGACUCCUUGGCGAUGGAGGGUCCUCUGUCGAGAGUCAAGUCCUUGAAGAAGUCUCUACGACAGAGCUUCAGACGCAUCCGCAAAAGCAGGGUAUCUGGGAAGAAACGCACGCACUACACCACCAGCAAGGUUCAAGAGGCAAAUGCUGCUCUAGCAGAACAGGAGGAUGUAGCUCCGGUACAGCGAAGGAUUGAGCCGCGGUCAGCAGAUGACUCUCUCUCUGGAGUCGUGCGGUGUGUGUGCUUUGCAGACACAUUUCUACGUGAUGGUACACACCAUGGCCCCACACUAUGGGCAGGCACCAACUCGGGCAGUGUGUACGCCUAUGCUCUGGAGGUGCCCGGUGUGGGUUCAGGACGAGUGUGUGAGCGUGGCGGAGCGAGCGAGAGCAGUGUGUGCGUGGAGGCGGUGUUGGGUAAAGAGAUUCAGUUGAUGCACAGAGCGCCUGUGGUGUCGAUCUGUGUGCUGGACGGUCGGGGGAAACCUUUACCGGACCCGUACGAAGCCUCACAAGACCUCGCCAUCGCGCCCGAUAUGACCAACGCUCACUCUGUCCUGAUUGCCUCAGAGGAACAGCUCAAGGUGUUCUCGCUUCCCAAAGUCAGCGCUAAGACGAAGUUCAAGCUGACUGCACACGAAGGCUGUCGGGUGAGGAAGGUGGCCAUGGUGGUCUUCAGUUCCACGGCUCAGGAGGAUUACAGUGAACACACACUGGUCUGUCUGACCAACCUCGGAGACAUGCACCUCUUUAGCAUACCGGGCCUCCGACCACAGGUGCGUUAUGACUGCAUCCGUAAAGAAGACAUCAGUGGCAUUGCAUCUUGUGUUUUUACCAAGAAUGGACAGGGUUUUUACCUGAUUUCUCCUUCAGAGUACGAGAGGUUCUCCCUCUCUGCUAAGGUCCUCACUGAACCGCUCUGCUCUGUUCAGCUCGACCGACCAUUAGAGCCUGUGCCCACCAGCGAUGGUACAAUGAUGCAGCCUCAGGCCAACGGAACCCACAAGAACCAAAUGGGUCAGGCUGAGGGGCAAACAGAAGAGCCUCCCAGCUCCUUGUCCUCUCCAAUCAUGGACACCCCACUGGACUCCCCCCUUAGCUGUGCUGACCUCACCCUCGACUCGACAGGAGAACUCACCGUGGAGGAUGUCAGGGAUUUCCUAACAAGUGUGGACGAGGCAGAAAAUAACCUAAAGAAUAUCAAAGAAGAGGAGGGACGCUCGACUGGCAUCCUCAUUAACUGAACAGAACUGCAGGGAGGGGCUUGGGUGGUUGUGAUGGACUGGAUUUCAGUGCUGGACCACAAACAUCUCCCAUCAGCCCGCUAUGGAGUCCCCCCACCGGCACUCUCGUUUGCCUGGCAAAAGCCGGGAGGAAAGUCUUACCACGGACACAGAAUCCAACGUUAAAAACUCUUGUUGUGGUUCCUCCUGCUGGAAGAACAAAUUCUUUGUCUUCUUCUGGAACCCCUUUGGAAACAUGUUGCCUCCAAUGUGUAGACACAUAGAAAGUCUAGUGAGUACAGCGUGGCAAGUGGAUGGCCUUGGAGCUGAUGGUUCUGAUUUCAAGAGCUGAGCUGUUGAUCUUGGAGCUCUUUGCGUUCCUCCGUCAUCAGCCCUUCUACACUGGAGACGUCACGGUGACUUUAUUUUUCUAUCUGCAGUUUGUGGCGUGCCAGGCUCGAUCUGAGUUUUCCUCAAAGUUGGAACCCAGUUGCCAAACGCACUUUUUGAUUUCUUGAGCACAUGAGUGGAUGGGAUGUUGUUCACAGGACGCAUCAAGGAGGACAAGCUGUUUAAAAAAACUGAGAUUGUCCAGCAGAGACUGAAGGAGAGCACUGUAGUGUUGAAGACGAACUAGCAGUGAAGUAUUUUGAAUAUGAGCAUUAAAGUUGUAGCAUUUCUAUUCCCUCUCUAGGUGCCAACAAAGGCAACUGACUUCCUUUGUCCUGUGUGGGUUGAGGUGGCGCUGAACUCAGCAGCAGGUUCUGAAAAGCUCUCUGCACCCUCGGUACUGAGGAGAAAGCUGAGUGUGGGCCACUGGAGGUGUUUUGUACUGCAAACUUUUGUAUGGCUUUUGGAGAACGUGAAUAUUUUCAAUGAUAAAUGCAGUGAGGAAGUAUAAAAUCACACUGACUACAGAGGGAACCAGCUGGGGAAGAGGGCAGACUGAGGCGAUUUAUUUUUGAACUUUUGAAAUAUCUUUAGUGCUAAAUGCACAGUGUAACAUCGAGCUGGGCAGUGAUGUCACGGGGUAAGAUGUGGAGUUACCAUCCUCAUAUUCAGUGAUGGCAGCACAACAUUUAACUGCUCUUCCCCAUUUUAAUGCCUCCUCACAUGACAUCACUGGCCCCGCCUACAGUGGGAAUUAGUGGGACCACGUGCUGUGAAGUUACAGCGAAGCAUCAGCCUGUUUGAAGAGCUCAGAAAUGGAAAUGUUUUUUUUCUUUUAAUCCUCAUUUUCUGCUCUAGUUUGGUUGAAAAUACAUUAUCUCAAUAAUUCAAACGUGGAUGAAGGUGGUAAAAUGAGUGUCACUCGAAUCCUCUUCUUCAUCACCACAUGCAGAAACUUUUGGAUGGGACUCAGGGAAGUGUCGCAAAGUCAGUGUGGAAGUGAAGUGGGAUUUCUUUUUUGUGGUGUCUCUGAGCUGGUGCAUUCUGGGUAGUGUUGGUUACACAGUUUUGAUUGCCAGUAUUUUUAACCCCCCCCCCCCCCCCUUUUUUUUAUAUAUAUUAAAAGAAGUUCUACUGUAUAUAGAAUCAAAUAUAUACAGCAUCUAUAUCUGGGUUCACAAGAAAAGAGGAUUUGAACCUGCUGUAACCUAAAAACCACUCAGUAUUCUUUUGCUUUAAAGAGACAUCACAACUAACUAAUGUAGCUCAGCAGGUAGGAAUCAUGUUAAUGCUUUUUAAAUUUGUUAGCUUUUUUUUGGCCGAACUCGUUAACACACAAUUAACCCUUUGAUCCUACAGCCGGCACGAUUUACCUUUUUAAUCCCACACUUAAGAUGAAUUUGUUUGUCAUCCACUUUUGUGUGUCAGAAUUUAUUAAUGAGGUCAUUUAGCAGUUUGAAUGAAGAAUUGUGAAUGUUAAUAAAAAUUAUUUACGCUCUCA